AUGGGCAACAACACCGCACAGAACCUGAUUAAGUUCAGCUAUUUUGACCCUUUCAAUGUCUUUGGAAGUGUAAGAAAAGAAUUAGAAGAUAGGCUACCGUUUAGAAACUUGCAUUGGAAACCGCUAAAUGAAAGUCUGCGAACAAUUUCAAGUCUUCCUGUAAAGAUUGUUGGCGAGGCGGACGAUUAUGAGGGGCCAGAGAGUAGCAGCAAACCUUUCAUCAUGUUUUUGGUGAUAAGCUGCACUUCAAUCGAUGAAUACAGAGCUAAAGUAAGGCCCCUAGUGCGACAAUGGCUGCCGGAUGUCGAAUUGGACACUAGAUUGAUGCCAGCAAAAAGAGUUGUGCUACUACACUCAAAUUCUGACGUUUCGGAAACCAACUUGUUCAAGACCGUGUCGUUUUUUGACAAGUUCAGCAAGGAUUUUCCCUAUCUUACAGCAAUUGAGGUCAAGUCCAUUUACAGGUCAGAGAAGCAGAAAACGGAUUUCUGGAAUGGUACUCUGGCGCAGCUGCGAAAAUACACAAUGGAGGUCUUUGAACAGCGGCUGGCCCUUUUAGAGGUAAAGCUACGCGAGGUCCCCAGCGACAAGAUCGUAGAAAUUACAUCUCUACAGGAAAAAAUACUCAACCUAUUUUUGUCCUUUUAUCUCAAUGACGAGGCUUCCAGAGAGCUGGAGUCCUUAAGGACUAAACUGCUUUCGAAGCUGGGACCUAAAUUACCGUCAGGCAAUUUGGAAAUCCCAUUUGCGUUUUUACAAAACGAACAGGAGACAAAUCGUUCUUCCAUAGCACUACAGGUCGCAAACCAAAACCUUACCACAUACGAGCUGAACAAAUUCUUUUUCUUGAAACAUUGUGAAUUGAUACAGAAAAGUUAUGUGCAAGCGCCUAGAAAUGUGCGGCUUUAUCAGUUAGCUAAAACGUUCUUGAGGACGAUUCAAAGGGCUUUCAAGAGUUCGCCAUUACUCGCCGAGUUCAAAGCUUCUUUCAUUGAGACUUUAUUCGAUAUUUCCAUGUUUGAUCGUGAAGCAUCAGUAACCUUUCGCGAAAUUGGAGCUGAUUUCAAAAUGAUCGCAAGAGAUUGUUUUCUUGAUAUGGCGUUCGCUUCAAACAACUUCAGAAUCUUUGGAAGAAAUUACUCUUCUCUCACAAGAAAAUCACAACUGAGCCAUAUAAAUUCUACUUUCAAAGAUGAGGAAACAUUCCAUCAAACAAUCUUUUCCAUGACAAAAGACAUUAUUCGAUUGCUCAGCGAAUCCAACUCAAAAAAGUAUCGAACUGUUGACUUAUUGUCCGUUGAAAUUGGGCUCCUUCAUUAUCAACGCAACGAAUAUGAACAAGCCAUUAGCAUACUUCAAUCUUGUCACGAAUAUUAUAAAGAGUCCAAUUGGAGUACCAUAGCAUUUCCUUUGUUGGAAUGCUUUAUUGAUUGCUUGGUGAAAAGUCCCGGCAUUGAAACGCUAAUCAUUUGCGGAGAGCAAGUUCCCACUGCAACUAUUCUGAGCAAUUCAAUUCUAGAUCUAUUAACCUCGGCUCAACCUGAUGAUCGUAAAGAAUACUGGUGGGAUCGUUUCCUUGCUAUGAAUGAGAAAGAUAAUGGAAGUUUGAUGUAUCCAUUGGAUAAUCUAUUCGAUAUUCAAGUUGACGGAAAGCUCGUUGUAACGAGGCCUAACGUUUUUGGCUUGUGCAUUAAGGUGUUCAACAAAAAAAUUCCUAAGGAAGUUUUCGUGAAGUCUAUGCAGCUGCUACUGAGGAACAGCCAUGGAGAGUCUAUGAUUUUUCAGCUGCUCGAUUGUUGCGUCAAACCGGGGGAAAACGUACUUUUCCUCGAGUCUGCAAGAAUUUCUUUUGGAACCUUUUCACUCGUAAGCACCGAAAGUACAGUGGGGAACACGAUAUUUUGCAAGGAAUUUACGGAAGACGCAGAAAAAUUUCUUGAGCUUGAGCGCCCCAUUGAAAGCAACAGCUUCGAAUUGAUUGUCUCACCUUCAAGACACCUAGAAACUGCAAAGAAUUCUGUUACUUUGAAUUAUUUUAACAGAGAUGACAUCUCGACAUUCAAGUUAGUAUUAACCGCUCUCCCCAUGAAAAAUGAAUCCAAUUCGAAUGUAUCGUUCAACAAAGAAGGAGAUCAAUUCUCGAUAGUCAUUGAUAAUUUUAACGUUAAAGCUUUGGACUAUUUCAUUUUGCAUUCUUGCGACAACUUCAUGGUAAAGCAAGAAAUGACGUUUGAGACUCGUGAAUGCCCCGGUGUAGAAUUUUAUCAGUGUGACUCCAAGACCAUAUCGUGCAUCUUACCAGUGAGUGUGUCAGUGGAAGACAUCGCCCGUGAUGGAUGUUUUUUUUUUAAGUUCUUAGUGAACUCUUCCACGCCUAAAGAGCCAAUUUUGUUACAUGGUUCAGAACUUCUAGCGGAUAAUACUGACAAGUACAACGUCCAUGGAGGUUUCGCUCCAGAUAUCCCACUUUUGAUAAAAAAUGGGGAUGACGACACAUGUUUGACAUUUUUCCAGGUGGAAACUAAAGGCCAUAAAUUAUUUGACAGCAAGGACAUUUUUCACUUGAGAGUUACGUUCAAUAUAUUGAAGGAUCAAAUCGAUCAUCUUGUGACUAAUGUCAUCCUUAUUCAAGGAAACCCCCAAACUGCAGCUAAGAUGGAAUCACAUCGAGAUGUAUGGAACUCAAUGGUGCUGAAGCGACUGGUGUUCGACUACGAGCUGUUUGAGCAUAAAUCUUAUCUGCAGCUCAUUUCUCCGGAGAGCUGUAUCAAUGAACUCGAAGUCUUCUUACAAUCUAAAAUACAAGACAAAGACUUUUUGAAGGCGUCUUCUAGGUGCCUUCGUGUUCUGCAAAAAGGAUUCCAAUUCUCAUAUUUGGAGAUUGUGGAGUACACCAAAGAUAUUUUACCGUCAGUUCUGGUGGUGCAUGUUAGUCUCCCGACUUUGUCACGGUUCUUUUCUGUUAACUUAACUCGCGAUGAUAGCGAAGGUUCGGUAUCACAGUUGGGUCAUAUUAUUCCAUAUACUAUAAAAGUGAAAAAUCUGAGUCGUCACUGGCAAACACAAAAUUCAGCGGGAAGAGAUUAUAUUUUCGAGCUGUUUAACUCUAACGAAUGGCUCAUAGAUGGCAAAAGAAGAUUUUGCUUACUGCCUUCAACAGAGGAAUAUCGAGUGAAUAUUAUUCCACUACGCAGAGGUUAUUUGAAAUUUCCCAAAGUCGAGAUAACAGAGAGCGACCGAAAAGUUUCAGAACUUCACUAUCUGAACAUGCAUGAAGUUACAUUGGUUAUUUGA